GUAUUAUGCUACAUAGGUGCUAAAGCAAUUAACUCAAAAUGGAGUCUAAUAAUACUUUAACAGUUAUUAAUCAACGUAAUAAAACACAUCUCCUCUUUCUAAUCGUUUGAAACCUUGACUUUUUCGCCGCCGCGUGGAAACGCCGUACGCUCCUACCUCCGCCGUUCCCAAUCGUAUCUGUCCACUCAAAGAGUCAUAUCUACUCCACCCCGUAUCUCAGCUUCAUAAGCUCACAAAAUAACGUUAAUGUCACCAACUAUACGUGAGCCCUUUUGCGUGAAAACUCGUACCGGCCCCGGUUCCUCUGAAUGACGGCGCUUUUCAGUUCGUAAACAGGAAAAAGGAGAAUGGACGAGGUUCAGCUGUUGUCCAAGAAAGUUGCCGAUCGUUACCUGAAACGCGAGGUCCUCGGUGAAGGCACAUACGGUGUCGUUUACAAAGCUAUCGACACCAAGUGCCGUGUGCUGUUAUCAAUUUUGGUUGUAUCCCUAUUGGCCUCUAUUUCUCAAAUAAUUGGUGUUCUAGGGUUGUUUGAGUAUUCUGCUAGCGGGAAGAUUAGCUGUGUUUUCUCUUGUUCUGAUCUAUCGACGGGGCAAACAGUUGCCAUCAAGAAGAUUCGACUUGGGAAGCAGAAGGAAGGGGUGAACUUCACAGCUUUGAGAGAAAUUAAAUUGCUAAAGGAGCUUAAGGACCCAAAUAUAAUAGAAUUGAUUGAUGCAUUCCCUCAUAAAGGGAACUUGCACCUUGUGUUUGAGUUCAUGGAGACAGAUCUGGAAGCUGUUAUUCGUGAUAGAAACAUCUUUCUCUCUCCAGCUGAUAUCAAGUCGUACAUUCAGAUGACUCUGAAAGGUCUUGCAUUUUGCCAUAAGAAAUGGGUCUUGCAUAGGGAUAUGAAACCGAACAACUUGCUUAUUGGACCUGGGGGUCAACUUAAACUCGCUGAUUUCGGAUUAGCUCGUAUAUUUGGGAGCCCGGAUCGAAGAUUCACUCACCAGGUAUACGUCUCUCUGGUCGAUCCAGACCAAGACAUCUCAGACUUGUUGCAUGCAAUGAAGGUGUUGAUUCGUGUGUUCUCAACAGCGCCAGAGCUGCUGUUCGGCGCUAAGCAAUAUGGUCCAGGGGUAGAUGUGUGGGCUGCAGCAUGUAUAUUUGCUGAACUACUUCUACGCCGGCCUUUCCUGCAGGGAAAUACUGAUAUGGAUCAACUAGGAAAGAUAUUCGGUGUUUUCGGUACCCCAAAAAGAUCACAGUGGCCAGAUAUGGUGUAUCUUCCCGAUUAUUUGGAAUACCAAUAUGCGCCUGCUCAACCAUUGCGCACAUUAUUCCCCGUGGCCAGUGAUGAUGCUUUGGACCUUUUAGGGAAGAUGUUUAUGUAUGAUCCGAAAGCUAGAAUUUCAGCACAACAGGCUUUGGAGCAUCGCUACUUUACUUCCACGCCUCCACCAACUGAACCUGUUAUGCUUCCAAGACCUCCUCCAAAGAAGGAUUCCAUCAAUUCAAAGGUCCCAGACUUGAAUCCUGUAGCGGGGCCCACGGUGUUGUCUCCUCCAAGAAAGCAAAGAAGGGUGAUGCCUAACCGUGAGACGUUUGAUGCGACUGCUCGGGAGGUGGAGAAUAUUGUAGACUAUGGGAAUGAGUUAAGGCAGACAGGUGAGAGGGGCGAACAAGCUCCAAUGUCUCUGGAAUUCUCCGCUUUAGGAGCGGGGUAUCCAAAUAGACCAACAAUUACCAGUGCGGACAGAUCACAUUUAAAGAGGAAACUUGAUCUUGAAUUUCAACUGCCUGAAGAAGAAGAAGAAGAAGACGAUUAACUUCCAGACGAGUUUUGCCUUGUUUUUCAGAUUUUUUGCUCUGUGUAAUGUCUGUUCUGCGAAGUUUCAUGUUUUCAUCAAGGAAACAGUGCCAACAAUCGAAAGGAGUGAUUAGCGAUUUGUCUCUGUAUCGUGUUCGAUUUUAUUAGAUGGUACGUAAAAAAAGGAUCAAAGUUAUUGUUAUAUUUUUGCUGUUGAACGUUUGUCUGUGGUUUGGAUAUGUUAAUUAAACUUGAUAAUUGUUUGUUAUUGUAAUGAGUUAAUGAG